AUGGCUCUUCCAACUUGGGCAUCCGUUGUUAUCGCCUUAGCAGCUGCAUUGCUUGUUGCUGUUUCGGCCGAUGUCAUUUACAACAGACUCACACGUAAACCCUUCAAACCAACUGGAAAACAUUGCUUCAUUACCGGUGGCAGCACAGGUCUCGGCAAAGCACUCGCUAUCGAACUCAUUAAAAGAGGAGCCAAUGUCACCAUUGUGGCAAGACGUCAAUCUGAAUUGGACAAGGCUGCCAAAGAGCUUGAGGCCCACAAGGUAAACGACAAUCAACGCGUGGUGACUGUGAGUGCUGAUAUGACUUCCAAUGCCGAUGUCGUUCGAGCCUUUGACGAAGCCAAGGUCAAGAUGGAUGGUGAUCCCGAGAUUGUUUGUGCUUGUGCAGGCGCUGCUUAUCCCAAAUUGUUCGUCGAUCAUACUGUGGAUGAUUUUGAAUAUCUAUCAAAGCUCAACUAUCUUGGACAAGUGUAUGUAGCACAUCAAGCAACGCUGCGUAUGCGAGAAGCUGGUAUCAAGGAUGGCAAGAUUGUGUUUGUUUCUUCCAUGGCAGGUCUUAUCGGUGUUGCUGGUUACGCUGCCUAUUCCCCAACAAAGUUUGCUUUGCGUGGUUUAGCCGAUAGUCUUCGCAAUGAACUCAAGAUGUACGAUAUCGAUGUCCACAUUUAUUUGCCUGGCAACAUUGACACUCCUGGUUUUGUCACCGAGAACUUGACGAAGCCCAAGGUAACCAGGAUCAUUGAGGGAGUUAGCGUUCCUGUAUCACCUGUGGAUUGUGCAAAGUCGUUGAUCAAAGGUCUUGAAGCUGGCCAUUACAUGAUCACCAAUGAAUUCAUUGCCGAAGUUCUUCGUAGUGCCACUCGAGGUGUCAAUCCAUCAAAUAGCUUUAUUCUUGAUUCGCUGAUGGCCAUUAUUGGACAGCCCGCAGGAUCCAUCUACGCCCUUUACAUGGAUUACGUCGUCAAGCAUACUAAAUGA